AUGGUUGAGGACCUGAAGGAAGCUUACUUCACCAUCGACAAGGGCCACACAGACGUGAUUACCAUGGAAGCCCUUGAACAGUACCGUCAGGAGAACGACCUCAGCGAAGCUUUCAUCAAACAAUGGAAAAAACUUUUCGAUCCAGAAAACACCGGCGUAAUCACGUUGGAGAGGUUCUGUGAAAAACUCGGCUUGGACUACUCGGAUGUCCGCGAGGACCGCGACAAAUUCGAGAACGCGGCCGCGGCCUCACAAGCUCAACCGGAAAUUCUUCAAAUCGCCGAAGACAUGGAACCAGAUAGGCAGAAGGCCAUCUUCGAAUUCGUUCAGCAGGCAGAGGAUAACAAUAAAGACAGUGAACGGGAAACUGUAAAGUGGCUUAAGUUCAAGCUGGAUGAAACCUUCGGGCGGUCCUGGCAUGUCUUCAUAAUCCACGGCAAAUACUACACGUAUUACUCAUGCGAGGCGGGAAGCUGUCUGAGUUUCCGAAAGGGGAGCCGAAUUUACAUAAUUUACAAGACACCCGAGUAA